AUAACAACGCGCAGUUCAAAACAAAAGAAACUUUCCCGUUUUUGGCCUUUUCGACAAAGAAGUUUUUAAAUUAGUGACACAAUUUUUCGUAGAUUUGUGUGCAAUGAAAUGACAAAAUUUUACUAAGACCAACAUGGUGGAGUAGUGUUUCGAGGGGUUUCCGAACUUCCGGCCGCGCGAUGGCGCAGCCAUCUCCUCGCCCGGACAUUUCCGCGUACCAGAUGCUGGAACGCAUCGGCAGCGGUUCGUACGCCACGGUCUACCGCGCAAUGCUGAAGAGCACGAAGGAGAUCUUCGCGAUCAAGUGCGUCGAGAAGGCGUCGCUGUCCAAGUCCGCGGUGGACAAUAUCAUUACGGAGAUCAGCUUGCUGAAAAAGCUGAAGCACGAGCACAUCGUGGAGAUGCGGGACUUUUUGUGGGACGAUCGGUUUAUUUACAUCGUGAUGGAGUACUGUGCGGGGGGGAGUUUGCACGGGUACAUCCGGGUCAAGCAGAAGCUGAACGAAACGACUUGUCGGGUGUUUUUGAGGCAGUUGUCGUUGGCGUUGCGGUACAUGAGGGAGAACGACGUCAGUCACUUUGACUUUAAGCCGCAGAAUCUGCUGCUGGCGAAGGGACCGGGUCCUGGGGGGUUCCGGCUGAAGGUGGCGGACUUUGGGUUUGCGCAGCAUUUGAGGUUAGGGCAGGAGAAUACGUCGGUGAAGGGAUCGCCGCUGUACAUGGCUCCGGAAGUGCUGCUGAAGCACUGUUACGACGCGACGGCGGAUUUGUGGAGCAUCGGGGUCAUUCUUUACGAGUGUUUGUUUGGACGGGCUCCGUACAGUUCGCAGACAUUUCAGGAGCUGGUUGACAAGAUCCGUGCGAAUCGACGCAUUGAGAUUCCGAAAACGGUGAAGAUUUCAGUUGAGUGUGAAGAUCUUCUGACGAGACUGCUUCAGCGAUCGCCACGUGAUCGUAUCAGCUUCGAGGAGUUCUUCAAGCAUGCGUUCCUGGAUCUUGAACACGCCCCUUCCGAGGAGAACCUCGAGAGGGCGAUCGGACUCAUCAACGAUGCGAUCGAGCUGGACAAGCGGCAGGAGUACGACGCCGCCUACAAGCUGUACUGCAAAGGUCUGCAGUACUUCGUUCCGAUCAUUCAAGCCGAAACUUGCCCGAACAAGAAGCAAAUCCUCCGUCAGCGCGUCCAGACGUACCUGAACCGGGCCGAAGAGAUCAAACAUUCCUUUCAAUCCGAACCGGAACCGGAAACCCCCGCCUCCAGUUCCAAAUCCCCGCAGAAACCAUCCGCUCGCAUCCAGCAGAUCCAGCGGGCCCUCCAACCCUCGGAAAACUACCAGCAACUACUCGUCCUGGCCGCGUCCAGUCCGGACCUCAAAUCCGCCCUCGAAAUCGGCCGCCAGGCCGAACUCUACGCUCUCGAAAACAAGCUGGACACGGCGCUGGACUCGUACAAGACGGCUCUGGGUGCCCUAAUGCCUCUCCUGUCCGCGGAACCUCGAGGUUCCCGGCGACGGGAUCUCCUCCACGCGCAGAUCGUCUGCUGGAUGGAGGCCGCCGAACAGAUCAAAACCGUCCGCUCGGCGCAGAUCCUCGAGGAGAUGGACGCCGUCGCAACCGGGUACAACUGUUGCGUUCAGUGAGAUUUCGAUUCAAGCUUUUGCUUUUUUCACGUGUGUGCCUGUUACGUUUGUUUGUUUUUAGUAUGACACGCUAGUAUUCUUUGUAAUAAACUCUAUGAUUGAAUCUA